GAUGGAUCAGCUCGCUCAGAUCCGUUCAAAAUUUACAUUCCAGAGGAAGAACGUGGAAAAGUCUCACUUGGUGCGGGAUAAAACGAGCAGGGACUUCUUCCCCAAAGAUAGCUCAUCGUGCCAACAUCCAAAUCUAGAACUGGAGAUAAGCCUACCAUCUGAGAAUGUCUGUGAGUCCAGUGGGGUCUUCCAUUGUCACUGCAAUAAAAAGGCUCAUGAACAGAAGCAAAUAGAGCAAUGUCAAGCUAAGAAGAGACUGUGGAUAGCUUUGGUCAUCUGUCUAAUAUUUAUGUUUGGAGAACUGACUGGUGGCUAUCUAGCAGGGAGCUUGGCUGUUAUGACCGAUGGAGCUCAUCUUUUAGCAGAUGUCACAAGUUUUCUGAUUAGCUUGUGUUCAUUAUGGUUAUCGUCAAGACCAGCCACAAAGAGAUUAAACUUUGGAUGGUACAGAGCAGAAAUUCUUGGUGCACUGUUCUCAGUGAUCACAAUUUGGCUUGUAACAGGAGUGUUGGUCUACCUCGCUUGUGUAAGGUUGGUUCGUGCUGAGUAUGAAAUUGAUGGAUUGGUCAUGGUUAUAACAUCUACCUCUGCAGUAGUGGCAAAUGUAAUAAUGGGAUUGGCGCUUCAUCAGGGCGGACAUGGCCACAACCACAGUGCAACUUAUUUCGAACAUGCAGUGGAAUCUGUUCACAGCCAUCAGCCAAAUGCCAGCAUUCGAGCUGCUUUUAUCCAUGUUGUUGGAGAUUUCUUACAAAGCCUGAGUGUGCUAAUUAGUGCCCUUAUAAUUUUUUUCAAGCCUGAAUUCAAAGUAGCUGAUCCUAUCUGCACGUUUAUUUUCUCUGUGUUUGUUUUGGGAACAACAAUCACCGUUCUGCGAGAUAUUUUGUUGGUGUUGAUGGAAGGUGCACCUGCUGGACUGAAGUAUAUUGCAGUGAGGGAAAAGAUUCUUGCAGUUAAUGGAGUGAAAACAGUGCACAGCCUUCAUCUCUGGGCUCUUACUUUGAGCCAGGUUGUUAUUUCAGCUCAUGUUGUUACAGGCGCAGUUCCGGGCGGCCGGCAGCAGUGCGCGGGCACAGUGCGCAGGCACGGGUUCCGGGCGGCCGGACACAGUACGCAGACGCGGUUCCGGGCGGCCGGGAGCAGUGCGCAGGCACGGGUUCCGGACGGCCGGACACAGUACGCAGACGCGGUUCCGGGCGGCCGGGAGCAUGCGCAGACGCGGUUCCGGGCGGCCGGCAGCAGUGCGGAGACGCGGUUCCGGGCGGCCGGGAGCAGUGCGCAGACGCGGUUCCGGGCGGCCGGGAGCAGUGCGGAGACGCGGUUCCGGGCGGCCGGCCGGCAGCAGUGCGCAGACGCGGUUUCGGGCGGCCGGGAGCGGUGCGCAGGCGCAGGUUGCAGUUUCGUUCAUGAGCCCCCCGGUGGACUGAGUGUCAAUGAGCCGUGUUCCUGGCUCCUUUCUCUGGAUUGGGAAUCUGAGAUGAGGUUGGGUUGUGAGUAUUGA